CAUGUGCUGGGUCGUAACACCAUGGCGUGUUGUAUUCUGUCCCGUAGCUUGAUCACUCGUCGUUUGAUUCCAUCUUUAAGCAGGAAUGCUUCUUCGUUUUUCAAAGACGACUACACUCCUCCUAAGCUAAGCUUCGUAUCUCCAGAAAACAGUGUUCAGUAUGAUCAUAGUAUUACGAAUCCGGAUACCUUCUGGGGGCAACUUGGCGCUACCCACUUGCAUUGGAAGAAGCCAUUUGAUACAGUCAGCGACUGUAAUAUGUACGAAGGACAGCAUCGCUGGUUUUUGGGAGGGAAAAUUAACGUUGCAGAGAACUGUGUUGACCAACACAUGAGAUCCAUUCCAAACCAAAGUGCUUUAAUCUGGGAAAAAGACGAACCUGGUGAUGUAGAACAUGUUUCAUAUAUACAACUGUAUGAGAUGGUCAAUCGCCUGGCCAACAUGUUGAAGAGUCAUGGUGUCAAGAAGGGAGAUAUUGUUUGUAUCUAUAUGCCCGUUUCCCCUCUUGCUGUUGCCGCAAUGCUGGCUUGUGCAAGGAUUGGUGCUCCUCAUAGUGUGGUGUUUGCAGGCUUCAGCGCAGAUGCAUUAUCAAGUAGAAUUAAUGAUGCUCAAGCUUCUACAGUUAUAACAGCUGACCAGAUCGUACGUGGAGGAAGAAUCAGUGAACUAAAAAGAGUCGUAGAUGAUGCUGUGUCAAAAAGUCCUUGUGUUGAGAGAGUGUUUGUCAUGAAACGCACAGGUGGAGAUGUACCGAUGGGGAAGAAAGACAUUCCUCUUGAAGAGGCCAUGGCUGAACAUGAUGUUGAGUGUGAGGCUGAGUCUAUGGACAGUGAAGACCCUUUGUUUCUUCUCUACACGUCGGGUAGUACAGGACAACCCAAGGGAAUCCUGCACACACAAGCUGGGUAUCUACUAUAUGCUAAAAUGACCAUGAAGCAUUGCUUUGAUUACAAACCCGGGGACAUAUUCGGCUGCGUAGCAGACAUUGGUUGGAUCACUGGCCACUCCUAUGUCGUCUAUGGUCCCUUAGCUAAUGGGGCUACUUCUGUACUGUUUGAGAGCACCCCGACAUAUCCAGACCCGGGACGUUAUUGGGACAUGGUCCAACGACUAAAAAUUAACCAGUUUUAUGGAUCACCAACAGCUAUCAGGCUGUUGUUGAAAUCAGGAGAUUCUUAUGUGACAAAGUAUGAUAGAUCGUCUUUACGAGUGCUGGGAACAGUUGGUGAGCCGAUUAAUGACGAGGCUUGGCACUGGUAUAAUGACGUAGUGGGAGAGAAGAGAUGUACCAUAGUGGACACAUGGUGGCAGACUGAAACUGGAGGAAUUCUCAUCUCCCCGCGACCAUCUCCCAGUGAACAUCCAAUAAAACCUGAGUUUCCAAUGCGACCCUUCUUUGGAGUUGACCCAGUGUUGGUAGAUGAGAAGGGAAAGGAAAUCAAAGGUAAUAAUGUAAGCGGUGCCUUGUGCUUCCGUUCAUCCACUCCUGGCAUGUGCAGAAACAUCUAUGGUCACCAUGACAGAUACCUCGAUACAUACUACCGUCCCUACCCCGGUUACUACUUCACUGGAGAUGGCGCACUUCGCGAUAAAGACGGCCACUAUAGGAUCACGGGAAGGAUGGAUGACGUCAUUAAUGUCAGUGGGAAAAGACUGGGAACUGCAGAAGUCGAGGACGCGAUGGACAAUCACGAAGCAGUUGCCGAGACAGCCGUGGUCGGAUUCCCACACCCCAUUAAAGGAGAAGGUAUCUACGCCUACGCGACUUUAAAGGACAACGCUGAAAUCGAACCCGAACAAUUCCGCAAGGAGCUCAAGUCGUUGGUCAGGGCUAAGAUCGGGGCCUUCGCAGUUCCUGAAAUCAUCCAGGUAGUUCCAGGUCUCCCGAAGACACGUUCAGGCAAAAUCAUGCGUCGUAUUCUACGUAAGGUGGCUCAGGACAAGCCCGACGAACUGGGAGACGUAUCUACCCUGGCCGAUCCCUCUGUGGUAGAGGUUAUUGUACGACAGCAUAGUGAAGUGAUGGAACGGGUUAGGAAGAACCAACCAAAGUAGAUAGUCUACCCUCCCCUCCCUUGAUGUAGUUUUGUCUAACGCCUGAUUAAUAGCUAUUCCCAGGUUUGGGUAAAAACUGGGUCGUGUUGGCAUUGAAGUGCAAUAGGGGUCUGUUUAGGGAACAUAUUUACAAGAUGGUCCAACCCACAAUUAAUGCCAACUCGACCUGGAAAUGGCUAGUAUAGAAACUGUGUGUAUGUGUCAGUGUGUGUUGCUAAUGGACUAUGCUUACCGCAUGGAGUUGCGACUAAACUAAAGGCUGGAAUAUAAUACUGAAAAAAAAAACCCUUAAAGAAUGUCUUAUUGCCCCUGUUAACAACAGCCCACAUCAAGUCAUGGAAAAGAUUCACGAAAGAGAUAUAUAUGGCAGCGUCAAAUGGGAAUUAUUUUUUACUCUACUUUUCUCCUAACUUUUUUUAUCAGCCUGGGCUAUUCCAGGUAUCAUUUGAAAUAUCACGGAUAGGGUCUUCGUCUACUCGAUUUAUAUGAUGAUUUCUACAAAACUGAAAUACUGAAUAUCUGUACAGAAAAUACAUUUAUAAAUGGGAACGGGGUUGGGACUCGUGGCCAAGCACUGCAAUACUUUUUUCAAUCCAUCUGAAUAGUCCCUUUCACAGGUACUUGCGCAAUCUCUAAAAAUAACCUUACUUGUGCAUAGAAACGAGAAUGUUGGUGACCUUGCAAUGGUAGAGACGUAAAUAAUUGCCCAAGCUGUUAGAAAAGUCUAUAUCAUUUCAAGGUCACAUACACUCAUGUAGUCCAAACAAUUAUUAUCAUGAUCGUUGAUGUAGAACUUAAAAGAGCUCCCGCCUGGAGCUCGGAGUUUUUCCCCGAGAAUAAUUAGCUUGAAGAAACAUAAUUCAAAUCUUUAGAAGUAUAGUGUUUAGAUUGUACGAACUAUCAUAUAAAUACAAACAUAUAACUAAAACAUAACGUGCCAAGCACGAAAAUACUUAUCAUAUCACUGACUCAGCGCACUCGGCACCGGCUCAGCGCACUAGAAUGAUUGAUUACGAAUUAGCUAAUUCUAUUUUAUGUACUUGUUUAUUUUCACACGAUCAAAAAAGGAAUUGGUAUUACUAAUAAAUAAAAAAUCAUA